UGCAUUUACUGCGUCGUGACAACUCACGAAAGCCAAGAUUGCCCUCAGCUGGUAUGUCAAUUCUGCGGCAGCAGGGACCACACGCGAUUUGGCUGUCCCACCAAGCAAAGAUGCCCCCAAUGCCGCCAAGUUGGUCACACGAAAGAGUCCUGCCAGGAAAAGCUCAAGUUGCCGAAGAGCGAGCAGGACCCGUGUGCUUUCUGCGGGUUUGGUCACACGGAGGAAGAGUGCAGCGAGAUUUGGAGGAGUUUCAAUCCCCUCACUGCCACAAGGAAGACAGUCAACUCGAUCCCAGCAUUCUGCUUCAUCUGCGGCGCCGAAGGCCACUAUGGGCCCGAGUGU